GUACUUAAUAAUAUUAUGUCUUAGUACAACAGUAGCUAUUGUACGCGUGUGGCGUAAACAACGCGCAAACAAAUGAACGCGUUGCAUACGUCCGCAGGCGUCUCGACGCGUUCUCAACAUACUUGCUCUAUGAACUUUCAACACUCACAAUCUAAAUCUCUACUUUACCAUGGCUAAACGUCCUGUUCUAGCAAGCAGUGAAAGUGAAGAAUUCGAAGAGAGUUCUGCGGCUGAGACAUCUGAGUCUGAGCCUGUGAAGAAACCCUCGAAGUCUGCCCCCAAGAGAAACACGCGUGCUUCGAAGUCCAAGAAGCGUUCAGAGACGGAAGAUGAGGAUGAGGACGAGGAUGAGGAAGAAGAGAAGCCGGCACCCAAGAAACAGAAGUUAGACAAGGGUAAAGUAGCUGUGAAGAAAUCAUCAAGCAAUGAACCUAAAGAAGAUGAGACAGACGGCUCUGCCAUCCGCACGGACAAAGAUGGUUCGAAGUAUGUAGAGCUGGGCAAGAAGCGGAGAGCAGCAGUUCGCGAAUUCAAGGGUGUCGUCUACCUGGACAUUCGCGAAUUCUAUGAAAAAGGAGGCGAAGAGCUUCCGGGUAAGAAGGGCAUUUCUCUCAACCUAGAACAGUGGGAGGCGUUGAAGCAAAAUGCCCAUACAAUCGAUUCGUUGUUUGCAAAGAAGAAGUGACGGCUUCUUCUACGCAUUAGCUCCGACACUAGGUGUUCAGGUCUGUGUUCUUGUUUCAUUACGAAGUGCUCUAUUGUAUUUCUAUCUGGUUGCUCUACUACGUAUGUCCCAAGUCACAGCGCCGUCAUGCAAGCCCCGCAGCUGCGUCAUGUGCACCUCGCAAUCCACCUUGAACAAGAAGACCUCGCAUCCACGCUUUCCAUUUCACGAGACUAGCUUGCAUAUCUAACACAGUCUCCGUAAGGAUCAGCCCCCGAUAUGAAGUUUCGAACCGCCUACGAGAAGCGUCGUGAGCGUCAGGCAAGGACAGAAACACUAGAAGACAUACCACCAACUCGUGAAGUAGUCAUAGAGGACGCCAAGAAGACCUCUCUGGUACAUUUCCGCGCUGAGUCGACGUUUAUCGUCCUGCCAGAUUGCUCGAGUGCAAUACUUGGCGGUGAUGAGGAAUACUCGUAUCUGACGAAGAUAUCAGUGCGAUUCCACGGGCAUGGUCAAUGUUGUUAUCUACUUUCGAAUGAGUGGUCGCAAGAGCAUGAUCCAAAUUCCUACAUGAGGAUAUGCUUGAGUUCACGUGAUAUGGUUGCGACGAAAUUACCCACCGUGUUAAGUCGUUCAACUUCAGUACCAUCAACACUCGUCUUGGAACCCGUCGUAAUACAUCGAACACGGAGACGAGCAGCCCCUCAUGUUGGAUGACCGCGUUUCGUAUAAUUUCCAUCUCCUUUUCACUAGGCCCAUUGAGAUCGACGAUACUACCGGGUCGUUGGAAACUCGGAUUUGACUCAUCGAAGAAUUCGUCCCAAGAACCUUUUAACGCCGCCCGACCUAUUCAGCCAGAUUAGAUGCAAAUGAGAGUCAAUAAUUAGACAUGGGACGCACCGGUGAUUGCAGCCUCGAACACGGGAUACUGAUGAAAAUACUGUUCAGCUGAGAUUCGAUGGACAAUAUACUGAAGACCUCACCAGAUCAUCGUCUACAUUGCCCACAAGCUUCGCGUACUUCCUUCGCUCACCAUUUGUAGCCGCAGAAGAAGGUUU